AGUCACGCUGAUAUUUCUAUUUUUUAGCCUUUAUCGGCUAGGUUUUUGCCAAGCAGAUGAUAAAAAUAUGUCUCUCGAGCAAAAAAUUCAGUAUGAAUUAGAUAGACCACUUAAGUACAUUUUUUUGUUUGGUAUCAUCUUCUCUGUGUCUAUAAUUCGCUUCCUUGUGAAAAUUGGUGGAAUUCCCAUUCCUUAUUACCUCUUUAGCAUCCUUAUUGGCAUUUUAUGGGGAAUUGGUUCAUUGCACAGCGACUUUAUGCAAAGAAUAUCGGGUGUUGCCCAAGUACCGAUCAAUCACAUCGAAGAGGUUUAUUUGCCGGCUAUUAUCUUCACUACUGCUUUUUGUAUUGAUGUUCAUGCAUUUUGGAGAUCUUUGAUGCAACUAUUCAUAAUAUCUGGACCAGGUUUGCUUCUUAGCGCUUUUAUGUGUGGCAUGUUGAUGCGAUUAGUGAUCGAUACUAAAUGGGGAUACAUAGAUGGACUGAUUUUUGGCGGUCUGAACUGUGCAGUGUAUCCUUUAUACAUUCUCACAUAUUUAAAGGAAUCAAACAUCCAGAGCCAUCAUGUGACAGUUUUACUUCAAGGAGAAACUCUCUUUUCAUCAAUAAUCACUGUUACGUUAUAUGAUUUUUUAACGGCUAAUCGUGAAGGAUGGGUGAUACACUGGUACCAAUUCAUAUGUUCACUCAUAAGAAUGUUGUUUUUUGCGAUUCCAAUGGGUUACUUAUUUGGAUGGCUAGGUGUUAUUUUGAUGAAAUUUUCUAACAAUAAAUCUGUCAAACUUAUGCUACUUACAUUGUCAAUAGCAUACUCAAGUUUCUACUUCACGCGAUGGAUUUGUUUUGGUGGAACUAUCGCAACCACGAUAGUAGGAAUUCUCAUGACUAAGAAAAGGUACGAAGCCGAACGCCUAUUCGGCUAUUAA